AUCACUCCGCUGGCAUGGAGGAGGAGAGCACUUGAUCAUUGUGAUGGUGGCAGCAGCUGCAAGCAACCAGCAGCUCGGUGUUUGUAGGACUUCGUUCACUGACUCGGGAAAGGGCAGGAUUUUUACAAGUCGCGUCAUACCUGAGGAUUUUACAGCGAAGCUAAUGAAAUGCAAGUUCACAAAACUACUCCGGAGUUUGUGCGCUGUCAACAGCAAAACUUUUUCUUAAAGGAAAACACAAUAAAGCUGCUUGCUCGCAACAUUGGUUGUUGUGUGUGAUGAUCGCUCGUAACAUCCGGAUCUUCUAUGGAGUUGAAUUAAACAGUGUACGGAGAUUGAGCACAGGACAGACUGUUAAACGCGUUUAAACACUAAUUGUUGUUAUCGGUCUGUCUGCAGUUUGGGUACAGUGUUAUUGUUUCAGUGGCAUUGCAUGACUGAGUUACAGAUCUUCCCGAAUGUGAGAAGCAGCUACCGCUUCUUAAUCUUUUGAUUUCCCCUUUCUUAUACCCCCCCACCCCUCCUUACCAUACCCACCUCCCCCCCCCCCCCCCCCCGGAAACAUUUUGAACACAAGAGGCAAAAGAAACUUCUUUUAAAAUAGUGUGCACAAACUGUAGAAUGGGGGAUUUUGCAGCCCCCACUGCUGGAAAUGGCAGUAGCAUUUGCAUUAACAACAAUAAUAUAAACAGCGGCAUCAACACUAAUAACAACAGUAACAAUGUGAGCAUUCCUAAGCACAGCACAGUGGUGGAGAGACUGAGACAGCGGAUCGAAGGCUGCAGAAGACACCAUGUAAACUGCGAAAACAGGUACCAGCAAGCCCAGGCUGAACAGCUGGAGAUAGAACGCAGGGAGACGGUCAGCCUCUACCAGAGAAGCUUGGAACAGAGAGCCAAAAAAUCCGCUAAUAAACAAAACAAACAUCAAGACCCCGAGUCUGCUACGACAGCAGAACAGAGAAACAACACAUUGAUAGCGCUGCAAGAAACUGUGAAAAGAAAACUGGAUAGCGCGCGGUCGCCUCUGAAUGGGGAGCAGAACGGCAUUUGCGAUGGGAAUUAUUCACAAAAUACCAAGAGGCUACGAAAAGAGGGGCCCGGUGGUGGCCUGGACUCGUUGGCCGGUUUACCCAACAGCUUGCCACCAGUGCCCUCCGUCUCGCCUCUCCACCAAAUGGACAUCAAACCCACGCUACCCAUACAAAACAGUGGGGGCGGCAACAACCAUGUCCCCGGCCGGCCGGAUGACCUGGGCAAAAACGGAGGCUUGACAGACAUAAAGCUGCAGGUCAAUGGCACCUUGGACUUGGAUGAUGGCUUCCUGCAAAGCAAGGACAUGAAGCAGGAGCCCCUGGACGAUACGACAGGGAUUGAGUCUUCAGAUACUUCGCUCUCAAACCACAACAAGCUCUUCUCGGACAUCAAUCUCAAUGACCAGGAGUGGCAGGAGCUCAUUGAUGAGCUGGCCAACACGGUGCCGGAGGACGACAUGCAUGACUUGUUCAACGAGGACUUUGAGGAGAAGAGGGAGGCUGAGUUUACCAGGCCGUCCGCCCAAGCCCCCCUCCCCCAGGAACCUCCUCCCCCUCCUCCUCCCCCUCCUCCCCCUCCCCAAAACAUCAAGAAUGACCCUGCUCGCUCACCCUUCAGCAUUCCUAUGGGCUCCCCACAGGUGCGGCCUUCCUCUUCAGGUCCCCAGUUCACCACGGCUUCCAAUAGUACCCCACCACAUCAGCAGCCUCCCCCUGUAUCCAUGGCAGUAAGUUCACCGGGAAACUGUGUGGCCCGGUCUCCACAAACUCCCAACCAGGCCCAAGCCCAAGCACCCAGGCCUGGAAAUGGCUUUCUGAUGAACCAAGGUCCUGGUGUGGUAGGGGGUCCUAGCUCUGGUGUGGUUGCGGUAGCGGCGGCGGCGGCAGCAUCUGGUCAGGGCAGUGGUGUUCCAGUUCCAUCCUCCACUCCUGACUUGUCUCCCGCUGAACAGUUGAAGCAAAUGGCAGCCCAACAGCAGCAAAGGGCAAAACUUAUCCAGCAGAAACAACAGCAGCAGCAGCAGCAGCAACAGACUCCAGCACCUAACUGGUCACCCGCCGGCCCACCAACCAGUCCGUACGGGGGGGCAUUCAACCCCGACAAACCAAAUAGCCCAAUGAUGUACCCACAAGCCUUUAACAACCAAAACCCUAUGGUGCCUCCCAUGGCGAGCAACUCUCAGAAGGCCACUAUGAAUAACUACCUCCCUCAGAACCACAUGAACAUGAUCAGCCAACAGCCAAACAGCAUGGGCCAAAACACUAUGAGUAAGCAGCAAGCCGCCAUGCUCUCUUACAGCAACACUAAACCCCUAACCCAUUUCAGUGCGAUGGACCACAUGGGCCAAAGGAUGACGCCUCCCAUGGCUAACCCUAAUAAAAAUCCCAUGAUGCCUUACAUGCAGCAGCAACAGGCAGCCCAGCAGCAGCAGCAGCAGCAGCAACAGGUGCCCCCUCAAGCCCAAGUACAAAUGUCGACUCCAACUUCCCACUUAAGCGAAGAGCAGAAGCGCAUCCUUCUCUUGAAACAUAAAGGACUACUGAAUCAGAGCAUGUCUUACAGUGCAAUGCAGCCUCACAAUCAGGAUCAGAAUGUAGUUGGCAUCUCGCGGCAGGCUGGUUGCGUGCAGCCUAGUCUACCAGGCCCUGGGAGUGUGGCCUCAGUGCCCAGCACCAACCCGGGGGCACCUGGUUACCUAGGCAACCAGCAGCAGGCAGCCAUGAUGAAGCAGAUGAUAAUGGAGCAGGAGAAGCAGAGAGUCCAGUUACACUUGAUGGAACAGCAAAAGCAGCAGCAGCUUCUUAGGGAACAAAGGCAACAGCAGCAACAUCAGCUGCUUGCAGAACAGCAGUUACAACAGCAACAUUUACCAAGACAGCUUCCCCAGCAGCAGAGAAACCCCUAUCCAGUCCAGCAGGUUAACCAGUUUCAAGGCACGCCACAGGAGAUUGCAAGGAACCAGGCUCUGCAGAAUAUUCGGAAUGCCCGGAUACUUCAGCAUCAGCAGCAGCAACAGCAGCAGCAGAGCCAGGGCAUGCUCCAGAUGGCCUCAGUCCACAACUCUGGAACGAUGUCGACGGCCGCUGGACAGGCCGAGAUGAGCAUGGCGUACAGUAACGCACCGAGUGGACAACAGGGCAUGUACGGCAUCAACCCUGCAAUGAACCAAAUGUUGCAGCACCCAAACCAAAGCAACAUGAACAUGGCCCACAUCCCUUCCCAGGGCCAGAGACAACCCAGUGCAGGACAAGGAGUAGUUGGGGGCUACGGCCAAAGCAUGUUGAUAAACUCUGCCAUGUCCCAACAACAGCAGCAGCAAAUGAAGGGACCGCCAGUUGGCCAAGCCAUCCCUAAGGCCCAAGCUCAAAGACUUCAAAUGAUGGGAGGUGCUGUCCAGGGGGCACAGGGCUGGCAGCAGCAGGGUAUGCCAGGACGGACUAGUGUGGAAAUGAUGACCUUUAACAACAGCUCGGCUUAUGCCAUGCAGCCUGGUCAGCCCCGCGUGACCAAGCAACACUUUCCUCAAGGAAUGAGCCAGUCUAUUGUGGACCCUACGGGAAAUAUUAGAACCAUGAACCCUGCUAUGGGGGGGCAGAUGAUGCCACACAUGUCUGGACAACCAAGGACCAACCAGUCAAGGCCAAUGGUCAUGGCUGGAAUGAACCAGGGUGUUCCGAACAUGAAUGCUUUUAGUCAGGGACCUGGCCAGCAAAUCGGAGGUGGUGGUGUUUCUUACUUACAAAGCAGUCAGCCUCAAGGCUACCAGCGGACUGCGAGUCAGGACUUGUCUUUCAGUUACAGCCAGUCGGCAGGCGGGGGCUCAUUCCCUAGUUUAGCGGACGGGGUAGACCUGGUGGACUCGUUAAUGAAAGGAAGCUCGACGGAUGAGUGGAUAGAUGAAAUUUUGGGAAACCAAUAGUGAAAGGAGAGACAUAGAAGUUUACAUGGACUAUAAGUUUAAAAAAAAGAAAAACUGUGGAACCUUUUGUUUUAUUGAGAACGUUGAUGAGCUGAAAAAAAAAACACACACACAGUCCAGAAAGUGUCACCUCUGUGCAAGCUGGUUAAGAGUAGUAGUAAAGCUGAAACUGUACAGUUCUGUAGGAGUGCGUGAUUUUAUUUUAAUCAUUUUUUUUUUUUUUUUUUUUUAA